CACCUUUCCCUUUUCAGCCAAAAUGUAAAUACUAAGACCGUGACUUCGCGAUCUUGAUGUUUUGCUUCCAACGCCAACCAAUGUUUGAUACAUCUAUAUAUAUUGAGCAAUUCACGAGGUAUCUGCAAAAUAAAACAAGUUGAAAUAAAACCAAGUAUAUAAAACUAUCCCCUAGAGUCGCCCACUAGAAAGAGCGACUCUUUUCAACAAAAAGGACCCACGCGACCAAGUCACAUUGCAUCUAUAUACGAUGGCGCCUAUCACAGCAGAUAAGGUCCUGACUAAGUUACAGUCACUUGCUGCUGGUCAGGAAAUCACCAUCCUAAAGCUCAGCGAGCCCAUAUCGGCCGCAGUUACACAAGCACAGGAUCUCCAUCAGCGCAUAUCAGACAUCUCCACCUCAUCCCUCGAUGCCACCACGCCGUCUUCUCUCGAGGCAGACUUAACCCAUUACCGGGAGCUGUUUUCCAAGCUCCGUUUCAGUUACAUAGAGCAGGUUACCAAAGAGAAGUUUAUCCGCGCCAUCGUGGGCGAUCCGCCUCUGAUUGUAAGCCCGCAGGAAAAUGUGGACCUCGAAAAGGAGAAUCUGGAGGCCAAGGCGAUGCUCAAGGCUUUGAAGACCGAAGUGGCGGGCAUGAUCACCGAGCUCGAGGAGAAGGCAAAAGACUUAAGUCAAAAGUAUGAAAAGGUCAAGGUCGAGACGGUGCAAUUGACCGAGCUCCCCGGCAAGCUCGAGGAACUUGAAAGCACGGUUGCCGAGCUCAAGGAGGCACGGGCAAAGGGGUCGAAUCCUAACCCUGAGAUGAACUUGCCCCUGGCCAGGACAGCAGACCUGCUAGAGAUGAAGAAGCGGCGAAAGGCUGAGCUGGAACGACAGCUAGAGCAACUACAGAGCCAGGUCCCGAGGAAGAAGAAGGAGCUAGAUCGGCUGCAGGCGGAGCUCCAGCCCCUCGAGACCAAGAGGCAGAAUAGUAUGACGGCCGCGAAGGAGGCGCAAAGACGAAAAGAAGCUGCGCUUGGGGGGGUUGAGGAUGAUCUCGAGGAGAGGGGCCGCUGGUAUAAGACUGCGGAGGGUGGCUUACGACAGGUUCUGGAGAUUGAGGGUUAAGUCAUGAUUGCUGUUUGAUACUCGAGGGGCGUCAGGCGUUCCAAGGCGUUUUGUUUUAACCAUUGUUAGUUUUACUGCCGAAAUACGAAGUACGAUAUGAUGCCAAUACCAAGUGUUAUGGACUGAGGGGGGUGAAUGAAGGAUUUCUACACCUAGUGACUCGCAACUUUACUACUACAUCAU